GUGUGUGUGUGUGUGUGUGUGUGUGUGUGUGUGUGUGUGUGUGUGUGUGUGUGCUAUGUUUAUAUAUUUAUUAGUAAACAUCAUAAAUGAGAACAAACAGGAAGAAGACAUAGGCUAAGAUAUUAGGUAAAAAGAAGUACUAGAAAACGAAAAAAAAAAUACGAAAACUUUAAUAAAUGGUAAUAUUAUUGAUAUUAUGAACUAAUUCAAAUCUUUAAUCUUUCUAAAUAAAUUAUAAACGUAACGUGAUGAAAACGCUAUAAGAAACACAAAGAGGGAUCAGACUUCGACAGAACACCGGAUAUCUUCUCUAAUUAUUUUCUAUUCAAAUUAUUAAAAGAUUUUCAGAUGAUUUCAUCACUCCAGUCUGUCCGGUUGAGGGCUUUUAUUGCAACCAUAAACACCUACGUUUAUCUUCAAAUGGUGUCUUCGACGACGGUAUACUAUAAAAAUGAAGGUCAUCUAUUUUGGCAUUCCUAUUGUGACACUCAACAGCACAACAAAACAUUUUCUAGUGAGUUAUAUUGUUCGUUUCACUCGUGUCUCAUUCAUUUCCACUUUUUUUGCCACCCCAUGCGCGCGUGACGUAACUGUGACGUCGACUCGCAAGAGAGCGCGAGAGAGGGAACGCGAUAGAGGGAGUGAGCGAAAUGCAAAAUCGUCAUGCCUCACUGGAAGGAAGAAUUGAUUGAAGUUUUCCAAAAUCCCUAGAUGGAGAAAAUGCUAAAAAAGGGAUUAUAGCACCCCCAUUGUGUGGUCCUGGGGAGAACAGCAGCGAAGGAGGAGCUUUCAUAGGUGAAGUUUUGGUGUGCAUUUUUUGAAUUGUACUGCAUUAGUGAUCAGCUUGAUAUCGACUAGCUGGGGACAUGAACACUACAGGUGCUCAGUCAGGUCAAGUUGUGUCGAAGAUUGGCCGAAAAACUUUUGUAGUUGAGAGAGGGUUGAAGGUGUGUCUUUUGAGUGACUCUAUAUGCCGUGGAGUUGAGGAUCACAUCAAUAAUAUCCAAGCAUUUGUGCAUCCUGGGACAAAUUUGAGUCGCAGUUUGGGCCAGCAUGUUUGGCAUUUUGAUAAAAUAACGGGCUCCAUGUUGGUCUUGAUUAACAUUGGAUCAAAUGAUAUUGCUAGUGGUAUCAGACCUCAGGAUCUAGUGGAUAAGAUGUUGGCGUUGAUCAACCGCAUUCAAGAUGGUCAUCAGGAGCCAAUGUACUUUGCUGUGUGUGCAGUGUUGCCACGGCCUGUGGAUGACUUGCAGAAAAAGAAUGUGGUGAAAGAGUGCAAUGCCUUACUGGAACAUUGUUUUGAGAGUUGGGAGAAUGUGGCGUUUCUGCGUACAAACUCCGUUUUUUUGUCUAGAGGACAAAUUGUUCAGCAGUUGUAUGGGAGAGAUGGGUUGCAUUUAAAUAUGCAGGAUAAUGGCAGAUUUUUCCCCAAGUAAACUUCCAUCAAUUAAUGAUGAAGAGGUGGAUGCAGUUCGACAAGAAUUUCAAUUGUCAACCUAUGCUUGCCUGGAUCCUGCUAUGCCUCGCCAGGAGGUGUAUAGCAAGUGUCUCAGAGUUAACCGGAAAGCUAUGGAUCUGUUGGUUCGUCAGGUUCGCCAAAAGCGGUGCGCCGAGCAGAAGGUGGUAAUGCUGAAGAAAGAGCUGCAAGCCACAAAGACGGAACUUAGUAAAGCUCGUCAGGAGCUUGAAGUUAUUCAGGCAUCAUACAGCUGUGCAGGUGAUGAUGUGACUGAGGCUGCAACCCAGACUGAUGCGUGUCCAGAGGACAGCAGUGAUGUUGAUGAAGACACCAAUUAAAAUAUGUGACUGAGGUUGGAACCCAGACUGAUGUGUCCAGAGGCCAGCAUUUAUACUGAUGAAGACAAAGCCAUUUUUUUUUGUGUUAAUAAAUAAUAUAUUUCAGUUGGUUUGUUUCUUGUGUUGUUUAUUGUUUUUUAGUA